AGAUCGGAACGUGUACUAAGUUUAAUUAUGAAACUUUAUGAUUUUAUAAUUGAAAGGGAUCGCCUCUUAAAAACUUAGAAUAAAUCUUUAGCAAUAUCAUAUUAGUUAUUAAGUUAUCUAAAAACAUAACGUUAACUAAUGGAUCGAUCAAAUUACAGGAUAUUGAGAAAUCUUCAGCAUUCAACAAUAAUACAACCCAAAGAUUUAGAAUGGUCUUGGGAUCAUCUGGAAGCAACUACAGAUGUUAUUAUUGCUGAUGAUUCGUUUAAUAUAAUUGUUCAUCCAAAUUCAAGUCGAGGCACUGGAGCUGUACGUGGUAAUAUUCCCUUUAUACCCGGUCAAAUUUAUUACUGGGAAAUAGAAGUAAAUGGUUCUCAUACAGCAACAGAUAUGAUUGUUGGUGUUGGAACAAAGGAUUUCAAUUUAAAGAGUUCUGAAGAUAAAUACUGUAGUUUGAUAGGUUCAGACAACAAAUCAUGGGGAUAUUCAUACACAGGUGUUAAGCAACAUGAUGGUAAACGAAAAGCAUAUGGAUUGCGGUUUGACAAAGAAAAAACUCUAAUUGGUGUACGAUUGGAUAUGUGGAGAGGUACUUUAGAGUUUUUUCACAAUAGAAAUCCACUAGGUGUGGCUUAUGAAAAACUUAACAAAGAAAAUCUCUUGUAUCCUAUGGUUUGCUCUACUGCAUGUCGAACUCAAUUUACUGUUAAAUAUUGUCGUUCAUUACCUGUGAAUCUACAAUUAUUAUGCCUUCAAGUUUUAGAUUCUAGUACUGAUUCUAUAAUGCCACCUGGACUUUUUAAAGAAAUUGUCGACUCUUGGUGGAUUCCUAAAUUAUUUCAUGAAAAUUAAGUUUAAAUUUAUGAUAACUUUAUUAUUGUGUCUAAAAUAUUUGAUAAUAUUUAAUAAUUUUAUACUCUUUUAUAUUUGUUAUACUGUAUUAUUAUAAUUAAGAAUAACUACUGUAAUUUUACUUAAAAAUUGAUUGUUUCUGUAAUACUAAUUAGGUUAUUAUUAUUAUUAUUGUUAGUGUUGAUGUUUUUGUGAAAAUAUGACUAAUUAUUUUAGUGAAAUGUAGUUCAAAUAUAUAAAAUUUUUCAUAGUAAAUUUUUUGAUAAAUUUCAAUUUUAAGAUAUUUUUUAAAUUUGUGUUCUUGCUGCAAAUUUGACUUUGGACAUUUAUCACAAUAGUACUU